GCUCUGCCUGUGUCUCUCUCCCUCUCUCUCUCUCUCUCUCUCUCUUUCUAUGUGUGUGACUGUGUAUGUGCGAGUCCAUCCCAUUCUGUUCAGGCCAGGCCGCGCUUGAUUGAGGGACAUACAUCCUUUAGCCUGAGCUGGAACACUAAAACAGACCUGGAUCAGCGGUGAUUACAAGCAGGUGCACAGAUGACUGAGGUAGAGGGGGGCUGAGACGGACUGGAGGCAACAAAGUUUGGCUGGUCACUGCGAUGCAAGUACAAGCAUCAUGUCCUUAAUGCAACGGGCACCUGUGCCGCCUGCGCUCCAAGGACCACCAUCCAGCAGCCGGCCGGACCCCGCUCACAUCUGACCGCCUGCUGGACUCACAGAUAUGGAUGGAAAUCUCCAAGGCGUGAAAAUGCGGAUGUGGUGGAUUUUACUGUUUGGUUUUUGGAGUGUCUGUGGGGAGCUGCCUUUUAUAGCAGAGAACAACGCUGCUAUGUUGGUCAACUGGAAUGCUGUUGAUGGGAACAAAAAGUUGUAUGCCAUCUAUGAUACAAGCGUCAACGAACCGGGGAACAUGUCAUUUGUCAAAGAGACUGUGGACAAACUGUUGAAAGGAUACGACAUCCGACUUCGGCCAGACUUUGGAGGUCCACCGGUUGCUGUUGGCAUGAGUAUAGAUGUUGCAAGUAUAGACAUGGUGUCAGAAGUCAACAUGGACUACACAUUGACCAUGUACUUCCAGCAGUACUGGAGAGAUAAGAGGCUGGCCUACGCAGGGAUCCCUCUCAACCUGACACUGGACAACAGAGUAGCAGACCAGCUCUGGGUCCCAGAUACAUACUUCCUCAAUGAUAAGAAGUCCUUUGUACACGGAGUCACUGUAAAGAACCGCAUGAUCCGACUCCAUCCUGAUGGAACAGUUCUCUAUGGCCUCAGAAUCACAACAACAGCGGCCUGUAUGAUGGAUCUGAGGAGGUACCCACUGGACGAACAGAACUGCACUCUGGAAAUUGAGAGCUAUGGUUACACAACUGACGACAUCGAGUUCUACUGGAAAGGCGGAGACACCGCUGUGACCGGGGUGACACGCAUCGAGCUGCCUCAGUUCUCUAUCGUAGACUACAAACUGGUCUCCAGGAAUGUGGUUUUUUCCACAGGUGCCUACCCUCGACUCUCUCUGAGCUUCAAGCUGAAGCGAAACAUCGGAUACUUCAUCCUGCAGACGUACAUGCCCUCCAUCCUCAUCACCAUCCUAUCCUGGGUGUCAUUCUGGAUAAAUUAUGACGCCUCGGCUGCCAGAGUUGCAUUAGGUAUCACCACUGUGCUGACCAUGACUACCAUCAACACCCACUUGAGAGAGACACUACCCAAGAUCCCCUAUGUCAAAGCCAUAGACAUGUACCUGAUGGGCUGCUUCGUGUUUGUCUUCUUGGCUCUGCUCGAGUACGCUUUUGUCAACUACAUCUUCUUUGGACGAGGUCCGCAGAUGCAGAAGAAACUGGCAGAGAAAGCACAGAAAGCAAACAACGAUCGGGAUAAGUUUGACAGGCCCAAGUCUGCACUGGAGGGAGGCAAUUGCAAGUCUUCAUCUGUUAAAUCGUCCAAUCAGGUACAAAGUCGUCGUCACUCACGACGGGUCGACUCCCAGGGGAACAUUUUGCUGACAACAUUAGAGAUCCACAACGAGGUGGGAGGGAAUGAAAUCACAACCACCGUGAGCGAAACACACAACUCUUCCUCCAUGGUCUUUGACAACUCGGGCAUCCAGUACAGGAAGCCGAGUGCGGCGCGCGAAUCAGGCCACCUCAGCCUGGAUAGGAACGCUCACUUAAAGAGAACCCGACUGCGAAGACGGUCAUCUCAGCUCAAGAUCAAAAUCCCAGACCUGACCGAUGUGAACGCUAUCGACAGAUGGUCACGGAUAAUAUUCCCCUGCACCUUCUCCCUCUUCAACUUAAUCUACUGGCUUUAUUAUGUUAACUAAUGCACUGCUGUUUUAUAAACCCAGUUCUGUCUCAUCAUGCAUUUGGAUGAGAGUACUUUUAACAUGAAGGACACUUUAAAAAAAAAUCCUUAAGAACACUUUUUUAAUUUAAUGAGUGCAGACUGAUGAAAAAUUAUGGACUGCAAACAAGGAUUUAUCCACACAUGUAUUUUACAAAGACUGUCUUGUAAAUUACUCCAGUGAGGACCUGGGACAUUUCAUGGGUUGAAAACAGUGUCUUCACUUGAUCUGAGCUGUCAGAUUAUUUACAAUGUAGAUCUGCUGUUACAACUAUACCCAUAAUAAAGUAUGAAACAUGGUCAUCGUAUUACAACGUAUUACCAGAUGCACAACUCAAACAGACAAACCCAGUGAUCCAUUGAUGUAAACGAACAGAUCUGAACACUUAUGCAUGGACCAAACUCUGACUUUAUGAUCUGGAAACGACACGGAGUGAAAGGGGACUUCAAUUGCCUUGACGCCACCAACCGUUCACUUGUUUUGAAGUGAGCAGUGGAACCGUUAUGACCUUCCUCCGACGUUACAGAGAUUGAAAACCAUUUAGGGAUGUCAAAAAGUUUGAUUUUAACACCCAGUUUUUAUUAACAAGAGGAAAGUUGAUGGAGUUGAUACCAGCAUUUUAUAAAGUUGUCAUUUCUGUCAUUCACUGCCAUUACAUGAAGAAAAGAUAUAACAUUUUGGGAGUUUGAUUUCUUGCCAAGAGUUAAGUAAAAAGAUUGAUGCCAUUAUUAUGUCUGUAUGUUAAAUAAGAAGGUAAACUAGGCGAUAACUCACUUAGCAGAAGGAGAAUAGCUAGCCUGGGUCUGUCCAAAUAUAAAACAAGCAAAUUUUUGUCCCUUAAAUACUACACAGUCUAUUUUUAUGUUAAUGUAUGAACCAAACCAUUACAAUUAUUACUGGAUUUAACUGAGUCUAUUUUGUGCUGGAAGAGAGUCGUUUGUUGACAUUAGCUAACUCCAUUUUUAAGCUAACAACUGUCUCAGAUGCCUACAUUGAUGAUAUAUGUGAUACUACACAGAGAAAUAGGAGUUUUUUCUAAAAAAAAAAAAAAAAAAAAAAAAAAAAUCUUUGUUGGCUUCUGAGCUCUUGAAUUCUUCUCUUUUGCUGUUCUUUAUUGAAAACCGUGUGCAACGCUGUUAGCUUAACAUGGAGUUAGCCAACAACCAGCACCAAGUAAAACAGAUUUUAAAACAAACCUCACAAGCAUGCACAGAUCUGACACACAUACAUAUAUAUAAUGAAUCAAACUGCUUAGAUUCAUUAAAGCCAGGUUUAGGCUAGCUAAAUUCUUGCUUCCUCAUCUAUAUGCUAAGCUAAUCAAAGGUAAACUAAUUGUUUCCUGAGAACAGUAUCAGUCUUUUCUUGUAACUCAGCUUUUUAUAACUAGCAUGUACAGUUCUGUAUCUGAUCAGUUUACAUUUCAUCAUUGUACUUUUAGCAAUGCUGUCACAAUGCCCUGAACACUUAUUAUGCAUGUUUUUCAGACUGAGUGCACUCUAACUUUUGUCUUUCAUUUUCAAGUUGUCGCCCUGGCAUUUGUUCUUUUUUCUUAACUUUGAUGUACAUACUGUAUCAUUUUCAACUGUUUCAGCUUCACAUUAAUUACAUGGCUAUGUUGUCAACAUUGUUUUGCUCAGUGAUUUCAGGCCUGGCUAUUCUGUUUGUUAGUUUUCACACUACAUUAUGAUUUCCUAUUUGUGUUGUAAAUAUAAAACACAUAUCAUAGCC